AUGCAGGAUAGUGCAGAAAGUAACAGACCUCAAAGGCGCACAGCUCUAGUAGCCAGAGAGCUUGCUAAGUUGAAUAUUGACAUUGCUGCCAUCAGUGAAGUGCGUUUUGCAGACCAGGGAUCACUGGUGGAACAAGGGGCCGGCUACACCUUAUACUGGUCAGGGAAAGGAAGUGAGGAACGCAGACUGUCAGGAGUUGGAUUCAUGGUAGAAAACAGUAUUGCCAACAAGCUACAAAACCUCCCAGUUGGCCACUCUGACCGACUGAUGUCUCUACGACUGCCACUGAGGGACAACCAGUUUGUUACACUCAUCAGUGCCUACGCCCCGACUCUCCAGGCGGACCCUGCAACUAAAGAAGCGUUCUAUGCAGAUCUGAGAUCUCUCUUGACGAACGUGAAAGAAACUGACAAGUUACUGGUAUUAGGUGACUUUAAUGCCAGAGUGGGCAGGGACCACGAGGUGUGGCCAGGAGUUCUCGGACGGCACGGAGUGGGUAACUGUAACGACAAUGGCAGGUUGCUUCUCGAGCUCUGUGCAGAAAGGGGGUUGAGCAUCACCAACACCUCAUACCAACAGAAAGCCCGCUUCAAGACAACAUGGAGACACCCACGAUCGAAACACUGGCACUUGCUAGACUACAUCCUGGUACGGCAGAGGGAUGUAUCUGAUGUGCUCCACACGCGCGUCAUGCCCAGCGCCGACUGUUACACAGAUCACCGCCUCGUCAGAGCAAAGUUGCGGCUUUCCGUUAAACCACCGGUAAAGCGGAAAGGUCCACAGAUGAGGAGGUUACAGGUAGACAGGCUACAGGGUCUGAAGGAAGAAUUCCAGGCCAAGCUGGAUGAACGGCUGAGCAGAGACGAGGGUCAGUGGCAGAAGGAGGACCCAGAGAGCCAGUGGCAGCAGCUGAAAACAGCUCUUCAGGAAACAACAGCACAAGUGGUAGGCUACUCGACCAGGAAGAAUAGGGACUGGUUUGAUGAGAAUGACCCUGAAAUUGAAGCUUUACUUCAAAGAAAGCGCUCUUGUCACCAGAAAGUCUUAUUCAAGCCAGAUGAUCCGGCAGCAAAAGCAUCAUACAAGGUAGCUUGCAACACUCUACAACGCAAGCUGCGGGAGAUGCAGAAUACAUGGUGGACCAGCAUAGCCGAAAGAACACAGCACUUUGCAGACACGGGUAACAUCCGGGCCUUCUAUGAAGCCCUGCGGGCAAUCUACGGCCCUACUCAGAGGACGCAGGCCCCCUUGAGAUCAUCUGAUGGUAGUCAGCUACUUACCGAUAAACCAGCCAUUCUUCAUCGAUGGACUGAACACUACGGUAAACUCUUUGGGGACAGGCGCCAAGUACUCGAAGAGUCCAUCAUGAGAAUCCCACAGCAUGAAGUGAGGACAGAACUGGACAACACCCCAACACAGGAGGAGGUGGAAGCAGCCAUCUCAAAGCUGAAGUGCCACAAGGCUCCUGGGGUAGAUGGAGUCCCAGCAGAGGUCUACAAACUAGGUGGGGCUUCACUCCUUGAGAGACUCACUGGACUGUUUGACACUUGCUGGGAAAGAGGAGUGGUGCCUCAAGACCUGCGUGACGCCAUCGUUGUCUCACUUUACAAAAACAAAGGGGAGAAAUCGGACUGCUCCAACUACAGGGGAGUCACACUACUAUCCAUUGCAGGAAAGAUUCUGGCAAGAGUUGUUCUGGACAGACUCAUCCCAACUAUUGCAGAGGAGAAUCUACCAGAGAGCCAGUGUGGCUUCAGAGCCAAUCGGGGAACGACAGACAUGAUCUUUGUACUGCGUCAGAUCCAAGAGAAGUGUAGAGAGCAGAACAUGGGGCUGUACGCGGCGUUCAUUGAUCUGACCAAAGCCUUCGAUACC